GGGCCUUGGGGAGAUGGCUCCAGUCCCAGCAGUGGAGAGAAGCAGAGAGAGCACGCCGCAGCCCCAUGUCCCAGCUAGGGCUCCCUUCCCCAGCUCCCACCCGCGGAUGUGAUGGCGGCUCCUGCUCUGUCCUGGUGUCUGUCCUUCCUUGUCCUCCUCUUGCCCCUGGCCAUCCCUCGGGCAUCUACAUCGGUGAACGAUGCUUCCGAGCUCACGUGCUUCUACAACUCGAGAGCCAAUAUCUCCUGUGCCUGGAGCCGGGAUGGGGGACUGCAGGUCACGACCUGCCACAUCCAUGCUCAGCCGGAUAAAAGGCAGUGGAACGGAUCCUGUGAGCUGCUCCCAGUGAAGCCGGGAUCCUGGGCGUGUAACCUCAUCCUAGGACCCCCAGAUUCUCAGAAACUGACCAUAGUUGACGUCAUCAACUUGACCGUGAUGUGCCGCGAAGGGGAGAGGUGGAGGAGGAUGAUGACCCAGAAUUUCAAGCCCUUUGACAACAUUCGUCUGAUGUCCCCCCACUCCCUCCAAGUCGUCCACAUGGGGACCCACAGAUGCAACAUAACCUGGAAUGUCUCCCAGUUCUCCCACUACAUUCAGAGCAGUGUGGAGUUUGAGGUCCGGACAAGGUCCCCGGGCUGCAGCUGGGAGGACACCCUGCCGCUGACCCUCAGGCAGAACCAACAAUGGAUCUCCCUGGAGAUGCUGGCUGCAGACACGCUGUAUGAGCUUCAGGUGCGGGCCAGGCCCCAGCUAGGCCACCACGAGGCUUGGAGCCCCUGGAGCCAGCCCCUGGCCUUCAGGACAAAGCCUGCAGCAACCAGGAAGAAGACCCCGACCCUUCCUUGGUUGGGCCACAUCGUGUUGGGCCUCAGCUGCGCUUUUGGUUUUGCCCUCUUGGUUUACUUUCUGAUCAGCUUUCGGUACAACAGGCUGUGGCUGAAGAAGGUUCUGAAGUGUCACAUCCCAGACCCCUCGGAGUUCUUUUCCCAGCUGAGCUCCGAGCAUGGAGGAGAUUUCCAGAAGUGGCUCUCCUCGCCCUUCCCCUCAUCCUCCUUCAGCCCCAGCGGCCCACUGCCCGAGAUCUCCCCACUGGAGGUGCUGGACAGGGACUCCAAGGCCACGCAGCUGCUCCUUCUGCAGCAGCAGGACAAGGGCUCGUCAUCCUCAACCGAGACCAGCGGCCACUCGGUGACCAGCUGCUUCACCAACCAGGGCUACUUCUUCUUCCACCUCCCAAACGCCCUGGAGAUUGAGGCCUGUCAGGUGUACUUUGCCUACGACCCCUUCAUGGAGGAGCCCGAUGAGGGUGGGCCCGGGGUGCCGGAGGGGGCUCUUCUCCCACCCUUGCCACCUCCGCCAGGGGAAGAGGAUGCCUACUGCACCUUCCCCCCUGGGGACGACCUGCUGCUCUUCUCCCCCAGUCUCCUCGGUGGCCCAGGCCCCCCGAACACUGCCCUGGGGGGCAUUGGGGCUGGUGAAGAGAGGCUGCCCUCUGCCCCGCAGGAGGGAGUCCCUGGAGACUGGGCCCCCCAGCCCCUGGGGCCUCCCACCCUGGAAGCCCCUGACCUGGUGGAUUUGCAGUCACCCCCGGAGCCUGCGCUGGGAGAAGCAGGAGUGGAGGUGUCUGUCCCCAGCCCGAGGGAGGGGGCCGGCUUCCCCUGGGCCAGCUCUCCUGGGCAAGGCCAAGUCCGGGCCCCCAUCUCCUGCCUGACCCUGAACACCGAUGUCUACCUGUCCCUCCAAGAGCUCCAGGAUCAGGACCCGGCUCACGCAGUGUAGACAGACGGCCAGGGCGGGGAGGCAGGUGGCCUUCCGCUGCUGCACCAAGCCCAGCUGAGGACUCUCUGUCUGUGAGGCUUGUCCACUGCUGAUACGCGGUGUCCAGUUGCCCCCGGUCAUCUCUGGCCAGAGGGCCCUCACCCAGCCCUGCACACUCGGCUGUUCACUUCCACACCUCAUUUGCUGCUCCCUGGUCCUACGGCCCAAGCCAAGAACUUUGCAGGGAGAGGCACUUUGACUCCCCACUCCCUCAUCAAUCGUGGAGUCCUGCGGGUUUUGCCUCUGAAGCGUCCCUCCUCUCCAGCCCUGCAGCUACUCUUCAGGGAGAAUUCGUGGUUCUCCACGGGCCUUCACCCUGGGCUCCUCACAGGGCUUCCUGCCCCAGUCACACCCCCUCACACCCACCCACCACACGACAACCAGAGUGCUCUUUCCAGAACGCAAAUAGGGCUAUGCUACUCCGGGUUUAAAACCCUGCCUUGGCUCCCACUGCCCUCAGCACCACUUCUUGGCCCUCCCCUUGCCCCUCCAGCAUCGUGUUGGGACAUUCCCUUCUGGUAGCCUCCCAAGAGUCCUACUGAGCCACUCGGAGCUCCCUCAUUCCCCCACACCUUUACACAUGCUCUUCCCUGUGCCUGGGGUGCCCUCUCCUCCCUCAUCUAGGUGACAAGCUCCCUUUAUCCUGCAAGUGUCAGUUCUGCUUCCCUGGGAGGGAAACACCACCUCCUUCAAUGUGCCCAAACUUUGAGAUUUGGUGCUGGAGGGACAGGCUCUCAGGGUGGCUGGACAAAGUGGCCCUGUCACUUCCCCUUUGGGAUCUCUUGUGACCUUUGAAUGCUUGGCUACAGCAUCCUUAACGCUGUGGCCCAAGUAUGGACACAAAUGCCCCAGCAAAUUGGACACCGGCUGGAUCUUUCCACAAUGGCUUCACAGUAGCAUGCGGCUGGAAAGUAAACCCCUCCUAGUGGCAGGUCCUGAUGCUGUCACAGGGAGCCCUCCCUUGGGCCCCUCCUGCUCCACCCUCCACUGGUCUUUUCUGCAGCUCAGGGGCUGGCACACCGCCUCCAGAUGGCAGCUCCACUCACUACAC